AUGAACGAGCCAUGUUCAGAAAUCGAUGCUAUUCAAAUAGUUCAAGCUGAAGAAAUGAAAGUACAUAAAUCCUGGUGGAUCUUAGAUCCCUUUAUUCCCGAUUUAUUUACCAAUCGUCAUCGCGAACAGGACUUCUUGAAGUUAUUCAUUGAAAAACCGUUUUCUACUCCAGAAAAAAAUUAUUCGAGUUCCGAGAACGAUUUUGAGGAUUCCGGUUCUACACGAAGCGAUGAGUUAUUCUUCGAUUGUGAUUCUUCGCACACUUCUGACAGUGAAGAUGAUUCAUCUUCUAAUUCCGAUGAAAAUGAUGAGCUCAACAGGCUGUCAAUGACUGCUGUUGAAGCAGCUCAAAAUCAAGGCUACAGGUUGUGGCACGACAUCACAAACCUGAAUUCGCUAAUUUUCGAAAUGUAUCCGGAGGUACUGCAGCACGAGUACCACACUGGGAACCGCUAUACGACUGCUCACGCAUCGUACACCACACUGGAGACUCGUAUAGCCACCCGCAAAGACGCAAUCCAGGAGGAAAUUGAUGCCAGAGACGCAGAACAAGCACAAAACACUCUGGCUAUGCACAGCACCGCUUACAUGGGUGGGUCAUCUGGCACGGGGCUCCCAAAGAUCAAGCUCCACACGUUCUCUGGUGACUUUAAACGUUGGGGAUCCUUUAGUCAGCUAUUUUCUGAUAUCGUUAUUGACAAUGCACUUCUUAAAAACAGUCAGAAGAUGCAUUAUUUGAAGACCUUCACCGAAAAGGAAGCCCAUCAGCUUAUUGGUAACAUGCCAUCCACUGAUGACUCAUUUGAGCCCGCUUGGAAUCUACUGAAGAGCCGCUAUUUGAAUCCUCGUCGCGUAGUGGCAUCGCACCUUGAAGAUCUGUUGGUAGGAGAGUCAGUUCCCGCACGAUCAGCCGCAAAAUUGGACGCCUUGCUUUUAUCCAAUCAAAAAGCUUUGGAUUCAAUCAAGGCUCAAGGAAUUCCAGUUAACAACUGGGACUUGAUGAUCAUUCACCUGACGCUACGCCACUUGCCACCCGCUGUAAGAGAAGAUUGGGAGACUAGUCUUGGUUUAACUGAUAUCAUGCCGACUUAUACGCAACUCCAUGAGUUUCUCAAGUUGAAAGUCAGAGCUUGGGAGAACUUGGAGCCAGCUUCUGAGCCCAAGAAGCAACCUGAAAAUCAUAAAUCAGGAGGGUCACGCAGUGACAAACAACCAAGGACAAAAUCUUCAUACACCGCUGCUCAGUACAAGGGAAAGCCCAGGAGAAAUUGCCCGCUGUGCCCGGAGGAGCACUACAUGGGUUAA